AUGUGGAAAAUCAAAGCACAAGAUAAAUUAGUGGAUUCGACGAGAAAACUUGGUAAUGACAAUUCAAUUGACUCUAUUAUUCCUAAAGAUAACGACAAAACUGGAGGUUUGCCAAAGGAAAUCGAAAUUUUCGUAGUGGCUAAAGUUAUGCUUAGAACAAACUUAAAUGUAUCUCAAGGACUUGUAAAUGGUGCAAUUGGAAAUAUAACAGAGAUUAACUGGCCCAAUUUUGCUAGAGAUCAACUUUAUGAUGAAUGUAUACCAAAAUCAAUUCGAGUCGACUUUGGAAAAGAUGGUAUCCAUAAAAUAGAGCCCAUAUCUAUUCAGUUUCCUGCGAUGCGCAGUUAUGGACCAAAGCUCUUUGCAAAAGGACAAGCUUACGUUACUCUUAGCAGAGUGAAAUCCUUGCAAGGCCUCAGAAUUGAACAAUUAGACUGUUCAAAGCUGAUGGGAAGAACACCAUGUAAUAUUGACGCCCUUGAAGAAAUGGAAAGAAUGCGGGAACUGAGAUAA